UGUAAGUGUAGGGGUAGGGGCAAGUAGUUAACGGCACAGGUAAAGUUCUUUCAGAAUUAGGACAUUAUUUGCAAAAAAAAAUAGUAUUUUGCCUUAAAUUAGUACGUUUACGAACCCUGUGUCUGACGUAUACAAAACACUGCAAAGGGCUCGGUUCUAAAUAGCUUUAUGAGAUGGUCUCAUUACCAACGAUGAAUGCGUUGCGGGUGUGCACAGUACUUGAGGACAGUCUUGACCAACUCUCCGUCCUGGGAUAUAUUAUGCCCGUCUCUUAUCAUGGCCGCAGCGAUAUGGUGAGAAAUGAAAUUGGUGGAAUUCUAAAACGUCAGAGGCACCUGGAGGGAAAAUUUGAGGAGCUGAUGGGAUUACGUUUAGAUGCUCAGAUAACUUCACCUUCCCCAUUAAAUAAAUUGGCACAUUUGAAAAGCCAGGUGGAGGAAACGAGCGGAAAGCUGAAAAUGAGCAAUGAGCAGUUCACCCGGGCUGUGAAGCAAAGCCCUCUGACACCAGACAACCUGAAGAAGGUCCAGAUGGACAGGCAGUUUGCAGCAGACACCAUUGCUGACAUGCUAAAGGAACUGGAAGUCUCAGGGUCUUUUCAGAGCCUCCAGCAGGCCGUGGCCAGAGAGAAGGAGAAGAAAGCCAACUUCUACAGCACAAUAGCCAGAGAAGAAGAGGGAAGGAAGAAGAUAAAGUCACUACAAAAGCAGCUGCAGGAUGUCAAGAAGGAAAAAGAGAUGGAGAUGCAGAGCCGCACUGAACUCAUUGCUCACCUGAAAGAUCAGCUGCAGGAGAUGAAAGCAAAGACUGGUAUGGAGGACAAGUAUGUCAAGAAGGACACAGAUCUGCAAGUAUCUCAAACUCAAAAAAAAUGCAACAUCGCAGAAUCUGACCUGCAAAAAGAGCUUCAGGCUGUUAAGGAUAAAAUGGACGAGGAGAUCAGAGUCCAUAUGGAGAUUGAUAAUUUCCUGAGGCAGCAUCAGCAAGAGCUGGAGGAGAAACUUGAAUACUGGAUGGAGAAAUACGACAAAGAUACUGAGGAGAAACAGACUGAACUGAAUAAUUUGAAGUCCGCAAGAGCUAAUGAUCUUACGCUACUGCAGGAUCUGGCCAAGCAGUAUGAAGAUUAUGAGCGAGUGAUUAUUGAAGAUCGCUUGGAGAAGGAAAAUGCUCUGAAAGAGAAGAGGCAAGCAGAGACUGAGCUGGAGAGCACAAUCAAGAUUCAAGCCUGGUGGAGAGGAACAAUGGUCCGAAGAGGGCUAGGACCCUACAAGAAAACCAAGGACAAGAAAGGGAAAGCCAAAGGAAAGAAAGGAAAAGCAAAAAAAGGAGGAAAGAAGAAGAAAUAACUAUUCAAUCAACUAGCUAAUUGAAAGUAAACAAGGAGCCAGGACUCUAUGAAAACAUGUAAAAAUCAGACAUGCAUUUUACUUGUAGCAUGGAUGUGAAGCUGAAACUGUGCCAUUC